UAAAUAAUUUGUUUUCUCUCUCCCAGCCUUCAUCAUAAAUCUAGGGUUUCUAGGAAGUUCCCAGCAAUCUGUAUGAUAACCUCUUCCCAAGAUCUCUUCUCUCUCUCUCUCUCUUUUUUUUUGUUUUAAUCUCUCUUUCCACCCACAUACAUACAGAGACACAUCAAGCCAAGCGCAUACACAUACAAAGAGGAUUUGAUUAAAGCAGAAUAUUUGGAUUUAGAUUAAAUAAGAAAUUAAAGGAUGGUGAGGGGAAAGACUGAGAUGAAGAGGAUAGAGAACGCAACGAGUAGGCAAGUGACCUUUUCCAAGAGAAGAAAUGGACUUUUGAAGAAAGCUUUCGAGUUAUCAGUCCUUUGUGAUGCUGAAGUUGCUUUAAUCAUCUUCUCUCCAACAUCCAAACUCUAUGAGUUCUCUAGCUGUAGUAUAGCGAAAACAAUAGAGCGAUAUCAGAAACGAGUCAAAGAAAUUGGAACUAGUAAGAGAGAUGCUGAUCAUUCCCAGCAAGCAAGAGGCGAAACAUAUGGAUUGACAAAAAAGAUUGAGCAGCUUGGAAUAUCUAAACGAAAAUUGCUCGGAGAAGGUAUUGAUGUAUGUUCUAUUGAAGAGCUACACCAGUUAGAAAAUCAGUUGGAGCGAGGCUUGACCAGGAUAAGAGCAAAGAAGUACCAAUUACUCCGUGAAGAAAUUGAGAAGUUGAAGGAAGAGGAGAUGAACCUUAUUAAGGAAAAUAAAGAACUGAAUGAAAAGUUGAGUGGAACGGGAGCAAUAGUAGUAGCAUCAUCAUCAUCAACCUUAACAUCAUCAGAAGUGAACACUGAUGGCAAUGACAAUAUGGAAGUGGAGACUGGUUUGUUCAUUGGACCUCCUGAGCCAAGACAAUCCAAGAAAUUAUGUCCUCAAAGUUAAUCUCACAACUUAAAAAAAAAGAAUGCUAUUUACGAACUUUUGUUUUAUAUUUUCUUUCAAAAUAUCAGAGAUGUCAAUAAAUUGUGAACAUAUGUAUGUGGUAAUUUGUUCUUAAUCUGGGAGAUCUCUAAGCUUAGGCUUCUUGGUUU